AUGCCUUUUGCUCGCUCUGUGUCUCGUUUGAUCUCCAACCCGGCUCUGAAGGCUAGCCCUGUCAGCCGGGCUGCCCGGACUUUCUCAAGCUCAUCCAGUGCUCAGAGCAAAGUUCUUAUGGUCCUCUACGAGGGCAAGGAACAUGCUAAGCAGCAACCUCGUCUUCUCGGUACCGUUGAGAAUGAGCUCGGCAUCCGGAAGUGGCUCGAAGACCAGGGCCACACGCUGGUGACGACUUCUGAUAAGGAAGGCCCCAACUCCAAGUUCGAGAAGGAGCUUGUCGAUGCCGAAGUUAUCAUUACGACUCCCUUCCACCCCGGAUAUCUCACGGCGGAGCGCCUCGCCAAGGCCAAGAAGUUGAAGCUUGCCGUCACCGCCGGUAUUGGCUCCGACCACGUCGACCUCAAUGCUGCCAACAAGACCAACGGUGGUAUCACCGUGGCUGAGGUUACCGGCUCCAACGUGGUUUCCGUGGCCGAGCAUGUUAUGAUGACGAUUCUGACCCUGGUUCGCAACUUCGUCCCCGCCCAUGACCAGAUCCGCAAUGGCGAGUGGGAUGUUGCUGCUGUCGCGAAGAACGAAUUCGACCUUGAGAAUAAGGUGGUGGGAACUGUCGGUGUUGGCCGUAUUGGCGAGCGUGUCCUUCGCCGCUUGAAGCCCUUCGACUGCAAGGAGCUUCUCUACUACGACUACCAGGCACUGAGCCCUGAGGUCGAGAAGGAGAUCGGCUGCCGCCGUGUUGAGGACCUUGCCGACAUGGUGUCCCAGUGUGACAUUGUUACCAUUAACUGUCCCCUCCACGAAAGCACCCAGGGUCUCUUCAACAAGGAGCUCAUCUCUAAGAUGAAGCCUGGCUCAUGGCUCGUGAACACCGCUCGUGGUGCUAUUGUUGUCAAGGAGGAUGUCGCCGAGGCCCUCAAGUCUGGCCACCUUCGCGGAUACGGUGGUGAUGUCUGGUUCCCCCAGCCCGCUCCCAAGGAUCACCCUCUCCGCUACGCCGAGCACCCAUGGGGCGGCGGUAACGCCAUGGUCCCUCACAUGUCUGGUACUUCGAUCGAUGCUCAGAUCCGCUAUGCCGAGGGUACCAAGAACAUUCUGGACAGCUAUUUCUCUGGCCGUGAGGACUACCGUCCCCAGGACCUGAUCGUCCACAAGGGUGAUUACGCCACCAAGGCCUAUGGUCAGCGCAAGUAAAUGCUCUUGCCAUAAUAUCGUCGACCUUUUAGCGUGUGUGUCAUUUUGUAUCCAGGUGUUUGUCUGUCUUUUCUUGGCGUUCUUUCCUAUUUUUGCAUCUUAUCGGGCAUGAUUGGUCUAUGAUAUGGCCGUGCAACAUGGACAAAACUAGAAUUGCAAAUAUGAUUUUGAAUAUCUUAUCAUUCAUACUCAACUCGAUUAGACUUAAA